AUGCAAAAGAAAUUCAGUAUGCAGACCUGUAACGUCCUCGCAGAGCUCAGACGUACGGGAGAUUUUUGUGACGCAGUCAUCAAAGUACAAAGCCGAAGCUUUCCAAUUCAUAGGAAUAUUUUAUCCGCGUGUAGUCCGUAUUUCAGAGCUUUAUUUAAAUAUCAACAUUUAUCCAAUGGUCGAAUUGAGGUGACCAUUCCCGGCGUAUCGUCUGAAAUCAUGAACGAACUUAUAGAAUAUGCGUAUACUCGAGAUAUCGAAAUAGAUUCCGAGAACGUUGAAGAACUCUUACCAGCAGCCGAUCAGUUCCUCGUCUCUGGGCUAGUCAAAUCCUGCUGCGAUUUUCUAGCGAAUCAGAUCGUCCCAGAGAACUGCAUUGGCAUCAGAAAAUUUGCUAAAACGUAUUUUUGCAACUCUCUGGAACGGACGGCCUUGAGGUACAUUCUUCAGAAUUUCACCACAGUUCACAAAACAAGUACGGAAUUCCUGCAACUCGGUGUGGAAGAACUCAAUGAGAUUUUGAGCUCCGAUGAUCUGAACGUCAAAAACGAAGAACUGGUCUUCGAUGCCGUUAUACAUUGGACGGACCACGAUCCGGAGAAACGGAGAUGCCACAUGGCGGAGAUCUUGAAAACUAUACGUUUAGGUCUUCUUACUACGGAAUAUUUCAUCCAAAAAGUGAAAUCGCAUCCUUACGUGAAAGAAAGCGCGGAAUGUAAACCAAUUAUCAUCGAAACGUUAAAGUUUCUCUACGAUUUGGAUAUGGACGAAGAGAAAGAGGUUGAUUUAAAUCACCCCCUGGCCAAACCAAGAGUUCCUCACGAAAUUCUGUUCGUCAUUGGAGGUUGGAGCGGCGGUUCACCCACCACGAUGAUGGAAUCGUACGACACUAGAGCAGAUCGGUGGAUAGUCUGUGAAUACGCUGACAAAGAGGCGAGGGCCUACCAUGGAACGGUAGCCUGUGAAAAACGAGUUUAUGUUAUUGGGGGAUUCGAUGGAGCAGAAUAUUUCAACAGUGUUCGAUGUUUUAACCCAAUCACCAAAAAAUGGAGCGAAGUCUCUCCGAUGAAUUGCAAAAGAUGUUACGUAAGUGUUGCUGUUUUGAAGUCGCAGAUUUACGCCAUGGGGGGAUACGAUGGCCAUUUUCGUCAAAAUACAGCGGAGAAGUACACGAGAAGAAAAAAUCAAUGGAGUUUAAUACAACCAAUGAAUGUCCAAAGAAGCGACGCUAGUGCCACAAGUUUAGAUGGUAAGAACAAAUUAUCAGUCUUGGGACGAAGACGGAAAGAAGCGACCUUCAUACACCGACCAAUUUUAAACCCAUGA